GGUUUCGGAAAAACAAAAAGAAAUCCUGAGGCAAUACAUGGAGAACAACAAAGAUUUAAUAACCUGCAAGUUCAGUAAUGCCGUCACAAGAGAAAAAUUGAUAAAAAAAAUGGGACGUGAUAACAGCAAUCUUGAAUGCACAUCCUGAGGGGGCCACGAAAGAUCGAGACCAAUGGAAAAGGGUACGUUCGAGAGAUAUAUUAAUUGUGUUCGUAGUUGUGCAGUUAAAUUACUUUUUUGAAAAUCGAUAUAGAAAAUUUUUUUCUAGCAUGAAGUGUUUCGAUUAGUCACCAUCGAUCGUUUACAAAUUGUCGGAAAAAUGUGAUGAAACAGGGUACAGAAAUUUGGCGUCUAGCUUCGUUUUCAUAUGAGAACUUCCCUCCAAAAGAUUUUUAGUGCCGUAAAACAUUUUCUGCGUUAUCGACUUUACGAUAUUGCGAAUUUGCGAAUUACCACAAAAUACUUCUACCAGAAAUAUUUGACGCGUCGGGAAGUGUCUCUGUAAUGCUGUAAAACGACUUUCAAAAUUCGAUAUCACGGGAAAAUAUUUUAUCGCGCUAUAAAUUUUUUGCAGGGAAGUUCUCAAAUUUCAGUUCCCUAUUUCAUCACAUUUUUUCGACAACUUCAGAACCCCAUAAGUUAUGGUUUUUAUAGGAAAUAUCAGCCUCCCCGGACCAUGUCUUCUUCUGGGUUGAAAAAAUUUUUCUCGCUCAUUAAAGGAAAUGGUUUGAUUUCUUUAGACGUGGGCCGACAUGAAGAAAAAAGUGACAAAAAAAUGUCAGAAAAUAAAAAAAGGUCGAAUGUGACUGGUGGUGAUCCGCUGCAGGUUAUCGAGUUAACACCCGAGGAAGAAAGUAUUUCGGUUAUGAUACCCGCAUCAAAAAUCCAUGGAGAUCCAGACAUCGCAGAAUUGCUCGUUAAAUUCGAAGACCCAAUUAUUAUUGAUUUUUCGAGCACAUUCGGAAAUACGCAAGAAAUUAGUAUAGAGGAUUUGGCAGACUUACAAUGUAUCCUGGUCGAUGACGUUUCAAAACAACUGGAGAAACCUGCAAUUGAAACGGCAACUCAGGAGGUGACGGCCACGGAUUUUAAAAAUGACGCUGAGCUGAAUGCAGAGCAAGAAUCCGAAGGAAAAACAAAAAACGUACAGGAGAUGGAAGUCAGUGCUUUUCUUCCAAGAAAGCGUACACUGGCAGUACAUUGAGAAGAAGCCCGAAUCCGCAACUCGAAAAAUAUGAUCGCCCUGGCAACAACGGAAUUAGAAAUGAAAAAAGCCUAUUACGAGGCAAAAAUUAAUAUGCUACAAUAAAAAAUCCAUGGAGAACAACGGGUGAAACGGAGAGCGGUACAAGAGAAGGGCAACCGACUCACUUGUCCGUGGUAGAUAUCCAAUAAAAAAAAAAAAAAUUAAAAAAAUGUAUUUACAGAUAUUUCUCGUUGAAAAUUAAAAAAAAAAAUAAUAAAAAAAUAAAAAAGGAAAGA